GCCAUAAAGGGCCGCCUUGGAGCGCCUGGCUCUUCGCUCUCCAGAGGCGGACGGCUCAGGCGCCCCGACAGGCUGCUGCUGCUGCUCCGCUUGGCUCUUCUUCGGAGGGAAGGAAGACAGCCUCGCCUCGCCUCCCCGGGACCGCGAGGGCUCCUGGCUGGGGCUCUUCUCCCCGGACUCUCUCCUCUUUUCGCGCCAGGACUUCCCCUCCUCCUCCUCCUCCUCCUCCCUCCCUUCCUUCCUUGGGAGGCCGCCAGCAUGAAGUCCGGGGGGCUGUGGGGGCUCUUGCUGGGGCUCUGCCUGGCCGCUCGCGGAGAAGAAGAAGAAGAGGCGGUGGCGCUGGUGGUGCCUCGACGGCUGCGGGGCUCCGGGCUCUACCUGCUGGAGGCCUUCGGGGAGAGCCUCCGCUUGGAGCUGCGGCCGGACAGCAGCUUCUUGGCGCCGGGGCUGACCCUGCAGUCCCUGGGACGGCGCCCCGAAGGCAAGGAGGGCGGCCGAGACGGAGAGGGAGGAGAGGCCCAAGCCCAGCAGCCCUCCUCUGCCGGGGCCUUGGGCCGCUGCUUCUUCUCGGGCAGCGUCAACCGAGACCCGGCCUCGGCGGUGGCCCUCAGCCUCUGCGGGGGGAUGCGGGGGGCUUUCUACCUCCGCGGGGAAGAGUACCUCCUCCAGCCGGCCCAGGGCGCCGCCGCCUCGCCUUCCGACUCCGCUGCCCUCCUUCCAGGAGAAGGAGAGGGAGAGGGAGAGAGCCGGCUCCAGCCCCACGUCCUCAGGCGGCGCCCGAGAAGCAGCUCUCCUGCCCCGGGAACAAGGGCCAAGUGUGAGGUGGACGGCGGAGGAGAAGGAGAGGAAGAGGGGCAGCUGCAGGUGGAGGAGCCCAGGACUCGCCCAGGAAAUAGAAGCACAAGGAGGAAAAGGUUUGUGUCAAGCCCUCGCUAUGUGGAAACCUUGCUUGUAGCAGACCAGUCUAUGGCAGAGUUCCAUGGCAGUGGAUUGAAGCACUACCUUCUUACACUCCUGUCUGUGGCUGCCAAAUUGUACAAGCAUCCCAGCAUCCGGAAUUCCAUUAACCUGGUUGUUGUGAAAAUAAUGGUCAUUUAUGAUGAACAGAAGGGACCAGAUGUGUCUUCCAAUGCUGCUCUCACCUUAAGGAACUUCUGCAACUGGCAAAAGCAACACAACCCUCCCAGUGACCGCCAUGCAGAGCACUAUGACACUGCAAUUCUUUUUACCAGACAGGAUCUCUGUGGUGCCAAGACAUGUGAUACACUUGGGAUGGCUGAUGUGGGAACUGCUUGCGAUCCAAACCGCAGUUGCUCUAUCAUAGAAGAUGAUGGCUUGCAAGCUGCUUUUACAACCACUCAUGAAUUAGGCCAUGUGUUUAGUAUGUCCCAUGAUGAUGCAAAGCAAUGUGCUGGUAUUAAUGGCAUAAACAGAGACUCCCACAUGAUGGCAUCUAUGCUUUCCAAUUUGGAUCGAAGCCAGCCCUGGUCUCCAUGCAGUGCUUAUAUGAUUACUACAUUUUUGGAUAAUGGACAUGGUGAGUGUUUGCUGGACAAGCCUCACAAGCCUAUUCAGCUCCCUUCUGAUCUUCCUGGAACAUUGUACGAUGCCAACAGACAAUGUCAGUUUACAUUUGGAGAAGAUUCCAAGCAUUGUCCUGAUGUGGCCAGCACAUGUACAACUUUGUGGUGUACUGGCACCUCUGGUGGAUUACUUGUGUGCCAGACUAAACAUUUCCCUUGGGCUGAUGGCACCACUUGUGGGGAAGGAAAGUGGUGUGUGAAUGGCAAGUGUGUUAACAAAACAGACAAGAAACAUUAUGAUACCCCUGUCCAUGGAGGCUGGGGCUUAUGGGGACCUUGGGGAGAGUGUUCAAGGUCAUGUGGUGGUGGUGUGCAGUAUUCACUGAGAGAGUGUGACAAUCCAGUUCCAAGGAAUGGAGGGAAAUACUGUGAAGGCAAGCGAGUACAAUACAGAUCCUGUAAUAUUGAAGACUGUCCAGACAAUGGAGGCAAAACAUUCAGGGAGGAACAGUGUGAGACCCACAAUGAUAUUUCCAAAUCUCAUUUUGGAACUGGGCCUGCAGUGGAAUGGACACCUAAGUUUGCUGGAGUGUCUCCGAAAGACAGAUGCAAACUUGUUUGUCUUGCAAAAGGCACUGGUUAUUUCUUUGUUCUUCAGCCUAAGGUGGUGGAUGGAACCUUAUGUAGCCCAGAUUCCACUUCAGUCUGUGUCCAGGGACAAUGCGUAAAAGCUGGAUGUGAUCGCAUUAUAGGCUCCAAUAAGAAGUUUGAUAAAUGUGGAGUCUGUGGAGGCAAUGGAUCUUCUUGCAAGAAGGUGUCUGGGAUGCUGUCUAGUUCCAGACCUGGUUAUCAUGAUGUUGUGGUGAUUCCAGCUGGAGCAACAAAUGUGGAAGUUAAGCAACGCAAUCCCAGGAGUGCAAGACAAGAUGGUAGCUUCCUUGCUAUAAAAGCUGCUGAUGGCACUUACAUUCUCAAUGGUGACUAUACACUAUCAACGCUGGAGCUAGACAUUACCCAUAAAGGCAAUGUUUUAAGAUACAGUGGCUCAUCUGCCUCUUUGGAAAGAAUUCGUAGCUUCAGUCCUCUGAAGGAACCGUUAACAAUACAGGUCCUUACUGUGGGUGAUUCAUUUAGACCUAAAAUCAAAUAUACCUACUUUAUGAAGAAAUCGGUACAGCCAGGCUCUGAGAAACCUUCCAGUAAGAAGACUGAAUCAUUCAAUGCUAUCAAGGAGACAAUUUCAUCUGAAUGGAUUUUUGAAGAAUGGGGGGAAUGUUCUAAGUCAUGUGGUACUGGUUGGCAGAGAAGGUCUGUAGUAUGUAGAGACCUUAGUGGACAGCCUUCCACUGACUGUGCAAAAGAACUCAAGCCCAGUGAUGUCCGCCCAUGUGCAGACACACCAUGUCCGCGGUGGCAGCUGGGAGACUGGUCAUCCUGUUCUAAGACAUGUGGAAAAGGUUUCAAGAAGAGAUUAGUAAAAUGUCUUUCCUUUGAUGGUGCGGUAAUGUCACAUGAAAGUUGCGAACUUUCAAAAAAGCCUAAACAUUUGAUAGACUUUUGCAAUGUUACAAACUGCAGCUAAACCAGAACAGGUUGGGAAAGCUAAAUAUAUAUUAUAUAUUAUUUUUCAAACCAAAGCACUGAAAAUGAGAGUAGCAACUGUAAUUAAUAUGAGAAAAUUCAUAGUGGAUUUACUGAGAUGGGACAGUGCAAAUAAUGAUAGGUAGUGUUGAAUCAUAACAAACCACAUUGUUAACUGAAAAUCUGAUCAAAUGACAAGAGAGUCACUAGCUGUUUCAUUUUUAGCAGAUAAAGUCCUAAGGCAUUACAGUUUCCUCCUUUAAGUCUGUUAAAAAUUAAACAAAAUAAUAGGCAGCAAACGCAAGUUUAAACAAACAUUUUGAUCUCUUAGUGAGGACUGGGGUUAGCCUUCUUGUUUUUUGUUUUUUUAAAAAAACUUCUGGUUUUUGUGUUGUGGUACUGAUAAAAUCAUUUUCUUGAUCAAAGUUGGAGAGGGAAAGACAGUUUUUCUCCAAGCAUAAAUAUUAGUUGGGUGUUGCCUACCUCACAAAGAAAACACAACCACACUAUUUGAAAAAAAUCUUUAUAUUUUCAUGGCUGCUAUCAUUUUAGAAAAUAGGGUUGGUUUUUUCAUUUAACAGUAAGAUUAUGUUUUCCAUCAGGAAGUAAGCAAGUACAGUCAUGGCUGCUUGUUCAGUCUCCUGAUGAUUAGAAUGUAGUGCUCUGAAUGGCUAAAGUAACAAUUAAUGAUUUGAUUUAAUGAGAUGUCUUUUCUUUUCAGCUGUUACACUCUGCCUGCAGAGUUAAAAUGGUAACAACUCCAAAGCCACAUACUUGUUGGCCUGGACUUGUGUUCCUUUUGUGUGUGUUUGUGCUUCAUGCCUCAUUUGCUCGAAAGCACUCCAGUGAAAUCAUGUUUAGCAUUAGAGCACCUGCAUGUGUUUGGUUUCUUUGUGAAAUCUAGGUUCUUCAUGAAAAUGUAAUCUUAAUAUGCUGCCAUUUGUGAUACAGUAACACCUUAUCAGUCUGUAGCCUUGCUUUGUACAGUACUGGUAUUAGUAACUUACUAUUCUUCAGUAACACACUGUCUACCACAGAUGGAUGAAAAUCUCUUAAUUGACAGCACCCAAUCAUUUUACACUGCUCAAGACACUUGUAAGGCAGGGAAGAUGAAGCUGAUGGAUAGCAGGUCCAUCCACAGCAGUAUGCCAAUACCUGCAUAUUUUUUUUAAAAAAAUGUAUGUGCUAGGCUAUAGAUAAUGAGAAAAUAUGGCUCUCCAUAUGUAUAUAGUAAAAUAUAUUACUAUUGGGGAUACAUACUUUAUAAGUAUUUUUAAAUUCCCUUCUGAGAAGGGUUAUAAUUGGUAAUAAAUGCAUAUAAUGAACC